AUGGUGACACGAUGGGGCACCGGGCCAUUGUUGGUGCUGUUGCACACGUUGCUCUACAGUAUACCAGCCUCCGCCUCCUCCUCCCGUCUCCCACCAAUCCCCAAUCAACAGGCCCUCUACGAGAAGAAGCAAUUUGAUGAUCUUUCCGCCAAAUACCUGACUCCCGACGAUUUCGAGCUGGCCGCCAAACAACCCGUGGCCCGCCCUACCCCUGCCGAACUCGACGCCGUCCAGAAUUCGGCGCUUUUCGAGGGUGAUAUCCAGGGUAUCCCCCCAGAUGCCACCCCAUCUCUCAACCAUCGACUACGCGACGAGCCGAUCCCCGGCGAGUGGGACGAGCUGUUCAAGCGUCCGCUAAAUUCCGCGCUGAACCUCGCCACGUAUCCGGACAAGCUGUGGCCAGAGGGCGUCGUUCCCUACAUGCUCGAGGAGGGCAUGACCGCACAACAACGCGCCGCCAUCGCGCAGGCGUUCGACGAGUACAAGCAGAAGACGUGCAUCCGCUUUGUCCCGCGCGGCGACGAUGACUUCGACUACAUCUACGUGAAGAGGAACGUCGCCUUCGGAUGCUCAUCGUACGUCGGCCGUGCUGGCGGGAAUCAGACCGUAUCUCUCGAAGUCGACAAAUGCUUCAGCAAGGGCAUCAUCGCACACGAGCUGAUGCACGCGAUCGGCUUCUUCCACGAACAUUCACGCACCGAUCGCGACAAUUACGUCGACAUCGUCGAGGAACACAUUAGGCCCGGGAUGAUGCGCAACUUUGAGAAGUACCCCCAGAAGAUCAUCGACCCGCUCGGCAUGCCGUACGACUACGACUCGGUGAUGCACUACCAUAAGCUGGCCUUCUCGAAGAAUGGCAAGUCGACGAUCGUGCCGAAGGAGGGUGGGGCGGAGAUUGGGCAGAGAUAUAAGCUCAGUCUUAUCGAUGCGCAGAAGGUGAACAAACUGUAUAAAUGUGGGGAUUAUGCGUCGACGACCACGACCACCACAACGACACAGCCCACCUCGACGACGACGACGACCGGCAAGAAGGGGAUCGAGGAUCGUACCCCGUCCACGACCGCGCAAAAGCCCCGCCCCAAAUCUACAACUGGCGCCCCAGGAGCACGCAAAGGAAAAUGCGAGGAUCUGAAUGCCCAUUGUACAAUGUGGGAACAGCUUGGCCAUUGUGAACACUCGCUGAAAUACAUGUCGCACUACUGUAGAAAGGCGUGCGGGUUCUGCGAUGAUGAGGACCAGAUUGAGGAAGAGCUGCGAAAGGAGAAGGAGGAACGCGAGAAGGAGAGAGUCGAGGAGCGGAGAGAGAAAGAGAGACGCGAGAAGGAGGAAAGAAUUCGAAAAGAGCAAGAAGAAAAGGAAAAGAAAAACCGCGAGCGAUCGUCGUCGUCAACGACGACCACCACCACGACAACCUCGAGACCAGCGUCGACCACCACAAAGAAGAUCUACCCGACGACGACACGACCAAGGGGAGGAGGAUUUGGCAGGGGGAGAUGGUCAACAACAAGGAGGCCAGAACCCAAGGAGAAGGAGAAGGAAAAGCCGCGCGGGAAGAAGGGCGAGGUGUGCGAGGACAAGAACCUCUUCUGCUCCUACUGGGCCAAGAUUGGCGAGUGCAACAGCGAGAGCAAAUUUAUGAAGGUUUUCUGCAAGGCGAGCUGCGGCAAAUGC